CCUCCCCCUCACUUCCUGUCCCGCCGGUCGCCAGGCCGCCCGGUCAGGGGUCACGAGCGGAGCAGCUUCUCUGGCCCGGGCCGGCGCGGGAGGGCUGUGUGAUGGCCUCGGAGCGCCCGGAGCCGGAGGUGGAAGAAGCUGGGCAGGUGUUCCUGUUGAUGAAAAAGGAUUAUCGAAUAUCCCGAAAUGUUCGCCUGGCUUGGUUCCUCAAUCACCUGCAUCAGACUGUGCAGGCCACACCCCAGGAGCUGCUGCUUCAGUCUGAGCAGGAGUUGGAAGUCCUCAGUGUCCUGCCUCCUGGGUGGCAGCCAGAUGAACCGGUGGUCCCCAGGCCAUUCCUCCUUGUACCAUCCACCCGGGUCACCUUCCUGGCCUGGCAGUAUCGGUUUGUCAUUGAGCUGGACCUCAGCCCGUCUACUGGCAUUGUGGAUGAUUCCACAGGGGAGAUCUUGUUUGAUGAAGUUUUCCACGCCCUCUCCCGCUGCCUAGGCGGGCUGCUCCAGCCCUUCCGAGUGCCUGGAUCUUGCAUCGACUUCCAACCUGAGAUCUACGUCACUAUCCAGGCCUACUCCUCAAUCAUUGGCUUGCAGUCCCACCAGGUGCUGGUCCAGGGCUGCCUUUUGGACCCUUCCCAGCGGGAGGUGUUCCUGCAGCAGGUGUAUGAGCAGCUCUGUCUCUUUGAGGAUAAGGUGGCCACCAUGCUGCAGCAGCAGUAUGAUUCCCAGAGCCAGGCAGAGGACCAGUCUCCAGACUCAGGGGAGCCCCCAGGUCGGAAAGUGGGAGUCUCCAUGGUGACAGCUGAUCUUGGACUGGUCAGUAUGAUUCGUCAGGGCAUCUUGGCAUUGCAGUUGCUGCCGUCAAACUCCAGUGCAGGUAUCAUUGUGAUCACAGAUGGGGUGACCAGUGUCCCUGAUGUUGCUGUCUGUGAGACGUUGCUGAACCAGCUUCGCAGUGGCACUGUGGCUUGUUCCUUUGUGCAGGUAGGAGGAGUUUAUUCUUAUGACUGUAGUUUUGGCCAUGUGCCCAACGUGGAACUGAUGAAGUUCAUCGCGAUGGCAACAUUUGGCUCCUACCUGUCCACUUGUCCUGAGCCCGAGCCAGGCAACCUGGGCCUGACUGUCUACCACCGGGCGUUUCUCCUCUACUCCUUCCUGCGCAGUGGGGAAGCCCUGAACCCUGAAUAUUACUGCGGCUCUCAGCACCGCCUGUUUAAUGAGCACCUGGUCUCCGCAAGCAGCAACCCUGCCUUGGCCCUGCGCCGGAAGAAGCACACGGAGAAGGAGGUGCCGGCUGACUUGGUCAGCACCGUGUCUGUGCGGCUUCGAGAGGGCUACAGUGUCCGAGAGGUCACACUGGCCAAAGGAGGGGCCCAGCUGGAGGUGAAGCUGGUGUUGCUGUGGAAACACAACAUGCGCAUCGAGUAUGUGGCUGUGGCACCCUGGCCCCUGGAGCCUGAGGGCCCUCGAGGCACCCGGGUGGAAGUGACAAUGGAAGGUGGCUAUGACAUCCUGCAUGAUGUGUCCUGUGCGCUAAGGCAACCCAUUCGCUCGCUGUAUCGGACCCACGUUAUCCGGCGGUUCUGGAAUACACUGCAGAGCAUUAAUCAGACGGACCAGAUGCUAGCCCACCUUCAGUCCUUCUCCUCAGUCCCGGAACAUUUCACGCUUCCCGACAGCACCAAGAGCGGAGUGCCUCUCUUCUACAUCCCGCCUGGCUCCACCACCCCGGUGCUCUCCCUUCAGCACAGUGGUUCCGACUCCUCGCACGCCCAGUUCGCUGCCUACUGGAAGCCAGUGCUGUCCAUGGACGCUAACUCAUGGCAGCGUUGGCUGCACAUGCAUCGCCUGGUGCUAAUCCUGGAACAUGACACGCCAAUCCCCAAGCACCUGCACACCCCGGGCAGCAAUGGCCGCUACAGCACCGUCCAGUGCAGGAUCUCACACUCCUCGCUGACCUCCCUGCUUCGUGACUGGAGCAGCUUCGUGCUAGUUGAGGGCUAUUCCUAUGUGAAGCUGCUCUCCAGUGCCCCAGACCAGCCCCCCUCCUCCUUCUACAUGAUCCGCAUCAUUUCCAAGGCCCCGUGCAUGGUGCUCCGCCUGGGUUUCCCCAUCGGCACGCCAGCACAGGCUCGGCACAAGAUCGUGUCGGACUUGCAGGAAGAAAUCCUGCGCCUACGUUUCCCCCACCGGGUGCAAAGCAAGGAGCCAACACCCAAGGUGAAACGAAAAGGGCUGGGGGGCGCCGGCGGGGCCAACUCUCCCUCCAAGUCCCCCCCCAUGCUGGGGCCACAGCAGGCCCUGUCUGAUCGGCCCUGCCUUGUGGUCCUGCAUAAGCCACUGGACAAGCUGCUCAUCAGGUAUGAGAAGCUACCGCUGGACUACCGGGCACCCUUCUUGCUGACACUGGAGCCACCAGGGCCACUGCCCUUGGUGUCGGGCCGCUCAGCCUCUUCUAGCCUAGCGUCGCUAUCCCGCUACCUCUACCAUCAGCGCUGGCUCUGGAGCAUCCCAUCAGGACUGGCCCCCACACUGCCGCUCAGCGCCAUCGCCCAGCUCCUCUCCAUCCUCACUGAAGUCCGACUCUCGGAAGGGUUCCACUUUGCCUGCAGCGGGGAAGGAAUCAUCAACAUGGUCCUGGAGCUUCCAAUUCAGAACGAGCCCCCGGGGCAGGCUGCAGUCGAAGAGAGGCACACGUGCGUCGUCCAGUACAUCCUCUUCCCCCCGCACUCUACCUCCACCAAGGACAGCUUCUCAACAGAUGAUGACAAUGACGUGGAGGUGGAGGCCCUGGAGGGAGACUCGGAGCUCCACCUGGUCACCGAGGUGUGGGUGGAGCCACAGUAUGGACGAGUGGGGCCUGGCCCUGAGAGCUGGAGGCACCUCCAGGACUUGGCAUACUCUGAGAUCCCUCGAGCUCUCCACCCUCGGGAUGCUGCCUGCAUAGGCUCCAUGCUGAGCUUUGAGUACUUGAUACAGCUGUGCCAGAGCAAGGAGUGGAGUCCUCUGCCCCCAGAGCCCAGGGUCUCUGACGGAUUGGACCAAGGAGGAGACGCCUGUGUCCACGAGAUCCCUUUCCAUUUUGACCUAAUGGGACUGUUGCCGCAGUGCCAGCAGAUCCAGAUGUUCUUCCUUCUGCUUUCCAGAGAGCCAGAGGGCGUCCCUCUCGCCGAGGGGCCCUGUCCCACCAACGACAUGGUGCUGUGCCUGCUGCACAGCUGCCUGGGGCAGGAGCUGAGUGACCGGGAGCUCCCGCUGCCCGCCGCCGACCAGGCCGCCUUCCUGCGCGAGGUGCUGCGGAGGAGCUGCCACAGUCCACAUCCAGAGGGGCCACCAUUGGGGGACUGUGGGAUCCUGAAGGAUCAAGCAGGCGGCAGCGCCCAGGCCAGCGGAGACUCAGUUCUUCCCACCCGGAGUCUAGGCCCUUCUGAAACUCUCGGGCCUGUCAAUUCUGCCCAGCCCCCUCAGUGGCGCUGCUAUGCAAGGCUUGUGACCCCCCAGCAUGUGUUUCUGACUUUCCUCCCUGCGACCUUCUCAGAUGUCCAGCAUCUGGCUGCCUGUGGCCUGGAGGGACCCUCUCAAGAGGAGACAAAGUCUAAGUUCGAGGACUGCAGUGGGGCUCCCAGCCUGAAAGAUCUGGGAGGAACUGGGGUCAGGGCAACAAAGUCCCAGGUCCCCAUCCUCAGUGUCACCCCAGCCAGCGACAGUGCCCAGAAUCCAGGAGAGCUGAGCCCACCCUUCCAUCGGGACUUACCAGCUUACACUGGGCGCCAGGCUUCACAGACAGAGAGUGCAGAUGGGCCCCGGACCCGGUGUCCUGUCUACAUCUAUAGCUGUUCCCUGGAAGCGCUGAGGGAGCAGAUGGUGGGUGUGCAGCCCCCCCAGGCGCCCCGAGACCUCGUCUUCCGGACUCAGCUCCUCGACCAGCCUGCCCUCUCCUCAGCCUGGAUGGAGCCCAGGCACAAGGAGGCAGCUACCCACUGUGCCUUGCUGCAGGAGCAUGCACAGCGAUGCUACGUCCGUGGGCUGUUCCGGAGCUUGCAGCAAGCACAGAGCGUGACCUCGCAGGACAUGCUGAUAGCAGUGGACGCCUGUGAGGAGCUACUACAGGAAGUAGACAUCACCCCUUUUCUGCUCGCACUGUGUGGCCACACUCGGGGUUUGCCUCAUGCACCCCCAAGCCCUGGUCCUCUCAGCCCUGGGCCCUUCAGCAGCAGUGUGGAGGAGGGCCCCGAGCCUCGGGAACGAGCUGUCUUGGCUUCUGAGUCCAGCAUAGAGACCGAGGACCUAAGCGAGCCUGAGUUUCAGAGCACCCGUGUCCCUGGCCAUCCAGACCCUGGCCUGGAGAUAUCUCUGACAGACGUCUGCCAGCUCAGAGGAGAGGCACACGAUGCCCUUCAUAGCUUCAUCCAGGAGAAGUUCCUGGAGAUCAGCGGUCUGUACUUCCGCACAGUGCCCUCCAAUCCCCACUACUUCUUCUAUUGCCCUCCAUCCAGCAGGCGUGAGGAUGAGGGCCCCCGGGACACAGGAGACAGAAAAGUCAGUGACUUGGAGUUUUCAGAGGCUGAGCUCAUGGGAGAAGAAGGAGACACAUCUGCCUGCUGUGUGGUCACCGAGAGUGACCCAGAGCUGGAGGUGGAAUACCUCGAGAGCCGUGAACCAGACCUGGGGCCUGCUGGGCUGGACUCCGCCUCAUUGUCAGACGCAGAUACCAUGAACCCCGAUGAAGACUCCUUCAGCAUCCUGGGGGGCGACUCACCCACGGGGCCCGAGAGCCUGGCACAUGACCUGCCACCACUCUUCCUGCACCUCACAUGCUCCGUGCGGCUACGCGGCCAGCACAGCUCAGUACCCGUGUGCAGCCUGCCCACCUGCCUGGGCCAGGUGCUUUCUAGUCUGGAAGGCCCCCCCAUUGGAGGCCGAGUUCUUCUGCGGGACCUCAGUGUCACUCUGGACGUCUUUGUGCUGACCUUGCCCCUGGAAGUGGAGCUUCCCCCGACCUCAGACCCUCAGCACCACCGGUCAACAUCUGAGAGCAGUACGUCCUUCCCACGAUCCCCAGGGCAACCAUCCGAUGAUGGCCUGGGGCCCCCACUGCCACCUCCAGGAGAAGACAGGCACCCAGGACUGUCUAAUUUGGCCACACCCCACAGACUGGCUAUUGAGACCACCAUGAGUGAGAUCCGCUGGUUGCUGGAGGAUGAGAUGGUGGGGGCACUCCGAAGAGGGGGCCUCCCCCAGAGCCCUGCCCUGCACCGUGCAGCUGCCCACAUCCAUAGCUCUCUUGGACGCUCCACCUGCCUUCGCCAAACUCUGCCACUGAGCUUUGUGUUCGGGCCAGAGCGUUCCCUCACACAAUUCAAGGAGGAGUUCCGCCGCCUCCACCUCCCUGGGCAUGUUCUUCUUGAGGACGCUGACAGUGGCUUCUUCUUUGUGGCAGUUGGCCAAGAGCCAGGUGGGUCCCGUGGGGAGCCCCCUUCGGCGGCCUGGGCUUGGCACAGCCAGGAGGACAGGGCGGAAGGCGUUGAAGGGGAGGCCCUGACAGCCAGCCCCCAAGCCCCUGGCUCCCCAGAGGAUUCUGAGGGCCCCCUGCUCAUCAGUCUGCCCAGCCUGCCCCAGCGAGGCAUUUCCCUUCUCUUCCCAGGGAGCCAGCCUGGGCCCAGCCGGGGACUCAGCCUCAUGUCCAGUCAGGGCAGUGUGGACUCAGACCACCUAGGUUACGAUGGUGGCAGCAGUGGCUCAGACAGUGAGGGUCCAAGUGAGACCCCAGGUGAGAAGGCCCCCUUCACGCUGCGGACCCCGCCCGGCCCGGCACCUCCACAGCCUUCGCUCGCGGGCCUCCCUGGGCCCUGCCUGCCUGACUUCUGGCUCAUCGUCCGGGUGCUGCAGGACCGUGUGGAAGUGUAUGCACACGCACGGAGCCUGAUUCGGGAGGAUGGGGGGCCAGGCACUGAGUGUCGCCACCUGCAGCAGCUCCUGGUGAGGCGAGUUGGGGAGAUCUGCAGGGAGGUCAACCAGCGGCUGCUUCUUCAGGACCUUCAUGACAGUCACGUGUGUAACUCUCUUCUGGUGGCUGAGAGUGAAGAAGAUCUAUGGCGCAGCGAGACCCCCUUCCACUCCCGUCAGCGGGUACCACUGCCCAGCGAUGAUUACGCUGCUGAUGAGAGCUGUGGACCCCGAGGGUACCUAGCAGCCACCAUGCAGUUUGUCCCUGGCCAUUUCUCCUGUGACGUUGUGUGGGGAACCGUGAUUCGAGUCCACUCACGCCUCAAAAUGGGGCCCAGCAUGGGGGUCUCUCGGGCCAUCCAGGCCCUGCGCUCUGUGCUCAAUGCCUUCUCCGUGGUGAACCGGAAGAAUAUGUUUGUUUAUCAGGAGCGAGCAACGAAGGCUGUGUACUAUCUGCGGCUCCUGGAGACGUCCUGCAGUGAGCGGCCAUGGGACGGCGAUGCCCUGCCCCCGUCUCUAGCUCUGUCCCGAAGCCAGGAGCCCAUCUACUCUGAGGAAGCCUCGGGUCCUCGUUCUCCCCUGGACAUGGCCUCCAGCCGAGGUUCAGAUGCUGCUCGUCCUGUGGGCCAAGUGGACAGACAUAUCCAGCUGCUGGUGCAUGGCGUAGGGCAGGCAGGUCCCGAGAUCACAGAUGAGCUGGUGCGGGUUCUGCGUCGGCGCCUGGAUGAGGCCACCCUGGAUGUCAUCACGGUCAUGCUCGUUCGGAACUGCAAGCUGACGCCGGCUGACGUGGAGUUCAUCCAGCCCCCUGGAAGUCUGCCCUCGGAGGUGCUGCAUCUGGCGCUGCCGCCCUCCUGCAGGCCCUGGCUUCCUGCCCUGGCCUGGUACCUGCGGCAGAAUCUGCUCAUCUUCCUGCACUCCCCCAAGUACACAGACAGCAACAGCCGGAACCACUUCCAGCAUCCACUCCCACCACAGGGUGGCCUCCCCGACUUGGACAUCUACUUGUACAACAAGCCUGGAGGACAAGGCACUGGGGGCAAAGGGGUCGCCUGCAUCACUCUAGCUUUUGUGGAUAAGGAGGGAGCCCCCAUCUCACUGGCAUCAUGGCCCCCCUCUUCUCCGGGGCCCCCAGACCCACUGCAGGAGGAGGAAUUUGAGCAGCUGACUCAAGUCACUCGCUGCCCAGUCGUGCCGGAUAAUUCUUCAGCUCCGAACGGGGCCCCACGGCUUCGACUGGAUGUGUGGGAAAAGGGGAACAUCAGUAUCGUGCAGCUGGAGGAGAAGCUCCGAGCAGCAGCUCGCCAGUCCCUGGCUGAUGCCAUCAUGGAGCUCCGGCUGCUGCCAGCUUCACUAUGUACAGAGGACACGUCCCCAGGAAGUCUCAAGAGCGGGUCAUUGGAAACCAAGAGCCCUGCAGGCCGAGCUAGCAUCUUUCCCCCUGGCCCUGGCCCUGGCCCUGGCCCUCGCCCUGGCGAGCCUGUGACACCCCCAAGCAAAGCUGGCCGACGUAGCUUCUGGGAUAUGCUGAGUAAAACAGAAUGUGGGGACUUGGGUUCCCCCAAAACAACUGAUGACAUUGUCCUGGAUCGGCCAGAAGACACUCGGGGCCGGAGGCGUCACAAAACAGAGAGUGUUCGGACUCCCGGUGGGAGUGAGCGGGCAGCAGGCCCAGAGUCUGGAGCCCAGAGACAAAGACGCAGGACCACACAGCUGGAGGAGGGUGAGGCGGGCACCCUGCAGCCUGUGUUUGCUCUUGUCGCUCAGCGCUGGAUGGAGUUCAUGGUUCAGAUGGGAUGUGCCUCGGUGUCCAGGAGCUCCACUCACAUGGUGUCCCGGUUCCUGCUCCCAUCUGUCCUGUCUGAGUUCACCACUCUGGUCACCUCAAUGGCUGGAGACACCAGUGUCCGCAUCUUUGAGCAGCAUUUGGCUUCUGAGCCAGAGAUCUUCAGUCCUUGUUCCCUUGGACAGCUGGGCCCAACUCCCCGCCCGGCAGCUGAGCGGCAUCUGCUGCUUCUGGGGAGGAACUUCUUGCAGUGGAGGAGACCCACCCAGCAGGCUGCCAAAGCCGUGCAGCGCUUCGAGCCAGGAGGCGACGGGAGCUUGGGGCGAAAUGCUCCCCGGCAGAGAUUCUUGCUGCUGGAGGUCAUGGACAAGAAGCUGCAGCUGCUGACCUACAACUGGGCUCCAGACCUGGGGGCGGCCCUGGGCCGAGCACUGGUUCGCCUCGUGCAGUGGCAGAACGCACGCGCCCAUCUCAUCUUCUGCCUCCUCAGCCAGAAGCUUGGGCUCUUCCACCACUACGGCCAGUUGGACUUCCCAGUGCGCGACGCAAAGGUGCCUGCUGCUCAGGAGCCAAACCCAUUCCUGCUGCCGACCAUGGAAGCAGAGACCCUCAUCCGGAGUGCAAGCCCCCCUCUGAGCCGCGAGCAGGGACGGCUGAGUGGGUCCUCUCGGGGUGGGGGCCCCCUUCCCCUGGACACAUUCCCCUUCGAUGAGGCCCUAAGGGAUAUCACGGCCGCCCGCCCCAGCUCCUCCCUCGGCCCUGUGCCCAGACCGCCCGAUCCUGUCACCUACCAUGGACAACAGUUCCUGGAGAUCAAGAUGGCAGAGCGCAGAGAACUGGAGCGCCAGAUGAAGAUGGAGAACCUGUUUGUAACGUGGCAGCAGCGCUCCGCCCCAGCCAGCAUGCCCAUCAGUGCCGGGGAGCUGGAGACCCUGAAACAGUCGUCUCGCCUGGUGCAUUACUGUGCGACGGCCCUGCUCUUCGACCCCGCAGCCUGGCUGCAUGGGCCCCCAGAGACCUCUGGGCCCCUGGAGGGGCAGCGGCGCCACCGCCCUGAGUCAGGGUCUGGGAGCCGAGAGGCCUCCGCCAGCUGCGACUCCUCGGAUGGGCCUCCACCGGGCGCCCGGGAGGAGCCUUGGCUGAAGGAGCUGAGCUUGGCUUUCCUGCAGCAGUACGUGCAGUAUCUGCAGAGCAUGGGCUUUGUGCUGGUGCCGCUGCGGCCCCCCUCGCCCACCCGCAGCACCAGCCGGCUGCGGGCCAUGGCUAUCCUUGGAACAGAAGGUCGGGGCUCCUUCUCCUGCCCGAAAGCCAAGACUGAAGGGAGCCCCAAGAGCACUGGCUCUCCAGUGACCACGUACCACCUGCAGCGGGCACUGCCCGGGGGCAUCAUCCUCAUGGAGCUGGCUUUCCAGGGCUGUUACUUCUGUGUCAAACAGUUUGCCCUGGAAUGUUCCCGAAUCCCCAUGGGGCAAGCUGUCAACUCUCAGCUGUCCAUGCUGUUCACGGAGGAGUGUGACAAGGUGCGGGACCUGAUGCAUGUGCACUCGUUUAGCUACGACUUCCACCUGCGCCUCGUGCACCAGCACGUGCUGGGUGCCCACCUGGUGCUGCGGCACGGCUACCACCUCACCACCUUCCUGCGACACUUCCUGGCCCACCACCCUGAUGGGCCCCACUUCGGCCGCAAUCACAUUUACCAAGGAGCUCCCCGGAAAGAAUCGGCCUGCCUGCCAAUCAGAGCCUCAGGGAUUCCCAUCCUCCGGCCCCACCAGAUCACUGUGUCUGUCCCAGACUCAGUGUCUCCUGUAACUCGCCCCUCAGGGACCCUGGAGCUCCCCACUCCGCUCAUUGCUGCCCACCAGCUGUACAACUACGUGGCCGACCAUGCCAGCUCCUACCACAUGAAGCCACUACGGAUGGCCCGGCCAGGAGGCCCGGAACAUAACGAGUACGCCCUGGUGUCGGCGUGGCACAGCUCUGGCUCCUACCUGGACUCUGAGGGACUUCGUCACCAGGACGACUUCGACGUGUCUCUGCUUGUUUGUCACUGUGCCGCACCCUUUGAGGAGCAAGGAGAGGCCGAGCGGCACGUUCUGCGGCUGCAGUUCUUCGUGGUGCUCACCAGCCAACGAGAGCUCUUCCCCAGACUCACUGCUGACAUGCGCCGGUUCCGGAAGCCGCCCAGACUGCCCCCUGAGCCAGAGGCUCCUGGGAGCUCAGCCGGUAGCCCUGGGGAGGCCUCAGGGGUUGGUCUGGCCCCUGGACCGGCUCCCCUCUUCCCCCCACUGGCUGCAGAGGUGGGCGUGGCACGGGCACGGCUGGCUCAGCUGGUACGGCUGGCUGGAGGGCACUGCCGUCGGGACACCCUUUGGAAGCGCCUCUUCUUGCUGGAACCACCAGGACCUGAUCGGCUGCGACUAGGGGGGCGCCUGGCCCUGGCCGAGCUGGAGGAGCUCCUAGAAGCAGUCCAUGCCAAAUCCAUUGGGGACAUCGACCCCCAGCUGGACUGCUUCCUGUCUAUGACGGUCUCCUGGUACCAGAGCCUGAUCAAGGUUCUCCUAAGCCGCUUUCCCCAGAGCUGUCGCCAUUUCCAGAGCCCAGACUUGGGAACUCAGUACCUGGUUGUGCUGAAUCAGAAGUUCACUGACUGUUUUGUGCUAGUGUUUCUGGAUUCCCACUUGGGAAAGACGUCUCUGACAGUGGUUUUCCGAGAGCCCUUCCCGGUACAGCCCCAGGACAGCGAGAGCCCCCCUGCCCAGCUGGUCUCUACUUACCACCACCUGGAGUCCGUCAUCAACACAGCCUGCUUCACCCUCUGGACCCGCCUCCUCUGAGGGAUGGACCACUGAAUGUCCUCAAAUUAUGGCUCUGUAGGAAUGCCCACUUGCAGCAGGACUGACCAGCCUUUCUGGGCCCCCAGGCGAGACUGGACACUGAGGGAUGCCAAAGGUUGUGUGAAUGUGUCUUGGGGACCUGGUAGCAGGAGCUGCCCUCCCUAAACACUCGCUGCCACUGACCAGCCCAGGGAUCCAGAAGGUCCGGUCACCUCCCUGAGGUGCCCAUGCCAUCUCAGGUCCCUGGGCCAUUCCAGAAGGAGACUCCUCCUCCCUGCUCACUUGGUGGAGUCUGGGAAUUCUUCACAUCAGGUGGCACGUAGACCCCUUAAAGUUCCUCUGCCUGAAUCCUGCCUCCGAGUCUUGGCUUGCUGUCAGCCACCCGCCUCCCCCACCCCCAUCUUGAGCCCUGUGCUCUUCACUUCCCACUGGGACAUUAUUGCUGGACAAUUGCUACUGAGAUAAGACACCUGGGUUCCAAUCCCAGCUCUGCCUUUGAAGCAUCUGUGACCACGGGUGAGUCCCUUUGCUCUCGGACCCUUGGUUUCUCAUCUGUAUGUGAGGUGGUGGGCUCGAAAGCUCUCCCAUCUCCACAACAACACUGGCACAGACUGGAGGACUUGAACGUGAGCUGUAUGUCCCUUCUCUGCAGGAAGGAAGUGACCCAAAGAAACUGAAAAGUUAGACACUGUGUGUCCCUCCCCCUCCCCCUCCAAUAACAUACACACAUGGAAACCUUCA